AGAGUGGGUUGAAUCGGUUUUGGUUGGGUGGUCUGGUCUGGUCGGGGGUCCGUCUGCUCAGCUCCCAGACCCAGACACCGGGAAGAUGACGAUGGCUCGCGCCUGGAGUCUGCGCGGGCUGCUUCUGUUGGGAAUAGCGCUCAUCACCUCAGCUCAGAGGAACGGAGGACCAGCUGGCCCACCAGGACCUGCUGGAGUCCCGGGAAUCGAUGGGAUUUCUGGGGAUAGAGGUGAAGAUGGAGAAGAUGGCUCAGCUGGACCCGAUGGCGAAGCUGGAAAACCGGGAUCUGCGGGACUUCCCGGACUGCCUGGAGCUGAUGGUUUGACUGGCCCGGUGGGAGACGCGGGUCCGGAUGGCCCCCCUGGACCAAAGGGCGAACCUGGUAAACCUGGACCUCGUGGAGAAGCUGGUGUUGGGCCUGAUGGACCUCCUGGACCACCUGGGCCUGGUGGACUUCCGGGCCCGCUUGGUAAAGUUGGUCCCCCUGGGGCCAUGGGUGUCAGAGGGCCAGUGGGACCCCGGGGGCCAGUAGGACCUCGUGGUGCUGCAGGAGUGCUGGGUGGGACAAUGGAGCUGUGCCCCAAUGCCUGCCCACCCGGAGCGCCUGGACAUCCUGGACUGCCGGGCAUGAAAGGUCACAAAGGAGUGAAGGGAGAGGCUGGAGAACCGGGUAAACAGGGUCACAAGGGAGAGGAGGGAGAUCAGGGAGCCCCAGGAGAGGUUGGAUCCCAAGGCCCGAUUGGUGCGCAGGGAAUCCGAGGGGCUACAGGGAUGAUGGGUGCCAAAGGAGAGAUGGGACCUCGAGGCAACGAUGGAGAUCCAGGUCCUCAGGGAGUUGCAGGUGCCGCUGGUGACCGUGGCCAGAGGGGGCUGAUGGGAGAGACGGGCCCCAGGGGUGAACAAGGACCCCAAGGGUCAAGAGGCAUCACCGGUCUUCCAGGGCCAAAAGGAGAGGGAGGUUUGCCGGGUGUAGAUGGGCGUGAGGGAAUUCCUGGAAUACCUGGAUCUAAGGGUAUCCCUGGCAAACCUGGAGUUCCUGGGGAAAUUGGACAGCAAGGCCUUCCCGGUUUACCUGGCAUUCCAGGGCCGAAGGGAGGUGGUGGUGUUAAGGGCAAUGCUGGUCAGCCAGGCCUCAUUGGAACCAUGGGAUCUGCUGGGAGACAGGGAGAACGCGGAGAACAGGGAGAAGUUGGACCUGCUGGACCUAUUGGUGGACCAGGAGACAGAGGAGAGCAAGGGCCAACCGGACCGAUGGGGAAACCAGGAGCCAGAGGCCCGAAAGGUGACCUCGGCCUUCCUGGACUUCCUGGACCCCCUGGCGUGCCCGGAGAGAAAGGAGAGCGGGGUGAGUCUGGAGAACCUGGACCGAAAGGAGAACAGGGAGAACAAGGUCCAGAGGGAAACCCCGGAGACAAAGGAGAAUUUGGCGCUCCUGGAGAGCCUGGAGCAAAGGGAGCGGUUGGUAACCCAGGAGAACCAGGGAACAGAGGACCCGAGGGAGCGCGUGGGCAGCCUGGCAUCGAGGGACCCCCGGGCAGCCCUGGACCUCGCGGCAUGCAGGGAGACAGAGGCUCUCCAGGCCCUCGUGGAUCGCAGGGACCGGCGGGCAAAGAACCGAGUGAUCAGCACAUCAGACAAGUCUGCAUGCGGGUAAUGCAGGAGCAACUGGCUCAGUUAGCUGCCAGUCUGAGGAGGCCAGAGUCCGGAGCUGCGGGGCUGCCUGGCAGGCCUGGACCCCCUGGUCCUCCCGGAUCCCCAGGGGACAGCGGUUUCCCUGGGCAAGCUGGAGCAAGAGGACUCCCUGGCCUCAAAGGCCCACCAGGACAAAUGGGUCUUAAAGGGCCUAAAGGUGAAAUGGGCGACAGAGGAUCUCGAGGGCCAACAAUGCGGGGACCCAAAGGCAUGCCAGGACCACCCGGCCUGCCAGGUGAGCCCGGUAAGCCUGGUUACGGUCAGGACGGCCGUGAUGGAGAGAGAGGUCCACCAGGUCUUCCUGGACAACUUGGUGUUCCUGGGCCUCCCGGCACAGCUGGCCCCCCUGGCUACUGCGACCCCUCUGCAUGUAACCUGAGCGCUGGUGCUGCACAUCAGGCCCUGACAGACUCCAACCUGAAAGGACCGGGCGGUAACUGAGUUCUCACAGGACAUGAGGGGGACGUGGACUGAGACGGAGAGACAUGUGGACAGCAACCUUCUCACUCAAGCUGAAGUGAGAACGUUCUGUGCCGGCACGGCCCCCCAGUGCUGACCACAUCUGUAACAAAAAGAACAAACUUCUAACUCCAGCGUAAACUGGAACUUUGUUUAGAAACAUUUUGGAACGUUUCUUACCUGAUUUUCAGUCGUCGGAAAACCGUUUUGCUUUUCUGAGAAUCUCCUGGACACGUCGUCUGAAACCUGUAGCACAGGAUUUUUAUUGGAUCCACCUCGUUGUUUCUCUUACACUGCAAACAGUGGUCUCUUGUCAAACGAACUGAUCUAUAAUCUAGUUGAUAUGUCUAAUAUUUCCCAUUUACUAAAUUAUUCCUAGACAUUUUUCACUUGUUUAGGUCAUUAUAAUAAGUAGUUAUCUCUCUGUAGUGGCAGAUAAUUUAGCUAGUUAUCUGAUAUCUAAUACCCUGUUUUUAAUAAAACACUAUUAGAUAUCAGAUACCAAUUUAUUAAUAAAACUACUUAAAACAAGUAAACAAUUUCUAGAAAUAAGCUAGUUUUACUUGACAACACACCAUUUUUUGCAGUGUAGACCCUCUCGUCACAGAUCUAGUGAGGUUUUUCACCGCGCGCUUAAAAAUAAAGGUUCCUAAACGGUUCUCGGGUUGUAUGUACAGCUCUAGUGAAAACCUUUAAUUGUUAUAGAACCUUAUUUAGAGGUUCUGUAAACUUUGAGAAGGUUCUUCACACUCACAUCUCACAGAAAUGGUACCAUCCAUUCAAAGUGGUUCUUCUGUCAGCCCUUUUCGGACCCUUGUUUUUAAGAGAAGUGCAGUUAUGCUUUUUAUUCCAAUUAAAAUUGAUCUAACGAGCUUAUUUUUUUUCUAUUUCCCCGUUCGUAGCCGGGAACCUCACUAUGUGCCAAAGAUAAUUUUAUUAUCUAUCUACUGUUACUAGCGUGUACAGAGAUUUUACGGAACUUGCUUUCUUAAAUAAAAAGGGAGAGAGGAUUUUAGAUUUCUUCUUCUGGGCAUCUGUGUAAAUGUUUUGAAUUGUAGUUUCAUAUGAAUUCUCUGUUUUCAGCAGCAGAGAAGUCAUUUGUUUACUCUCUAUUGCAGGAAAAGAGGAGAAAUAUUGAUAUAAUGUCCAGUUUGGGAGCGUCAGACGGUAAAGUUACUGCUUGGAAAAAACACCAAAGUAUGGCUUUUGUAUUUAUUAUAUGAAGGUGCCGUUGAAGGCUGUACAGAGAUUGACAAGAAAUACAUUUGAAUAAAUGUUAAUGUUUUUGUAUUAAUUUUAAACAAAGCUAAACGUGAAGUGUG